GAAAAUGACAACACUGCGCCGCACAGCGUAUCGCUAUAUGUGUAGAGCUUGGGCUGACAGCUCGCUGAUUUAACUGUUUUGUUUUGGAUUCAACUGUUGUUGUAGUGGAUUUUACUCGCCAUCUCACAGCUUGCACGUUAGGAAUUGAGUCUACACGUGGUCGACCGGUGUGAAGUUUUAGGUGGCCCCAUGAAUCCCUCAAUACAUCAUCUUGGAUAUACACAAAGUUGUAAAACCUAACGCUGGGCAAAUAUGCUGCCCCCCAAAUACUGGAUAUCGAUACUAUUAACUUUGUGGAUUACUGAGGUUACCGAAGGGAGUCCUCAGGACCGGGCCUCAAAAAGCAAGACCAAAUGCGUGAUUACCUCCCCUUUUGACUCUCCCUUUGUGAAGGCCCAUUUGAUGAACUACACCAUGGGGAAGGGAUGUACCACCAACAUGACGUCCAACAAGGGGCAGGAAGUCCAUAUCAUCAAUGUCAAGGUCAAAGAGAAACGGAUUCAGGUGAAUCUGCGCGUGGAACCAAUGAGCAUCCUUGAUCCAGAUGUUCCUGACAAGUUCCAGCGCCCUCUAGUAUUUGUGCUGUAUUCUGAACUUGCAGUAAAGUGGAAGGUGGAACUUGUUGGACUUACCUCAACCAGCCGUAAACAUCUCUUUGUGGUUCCGGAGCAUUCUUCGAUACGAAUCAAGAAGAGCAAGCUUGGGAGACGUGUGAGAGACCGCAAGUUAAAAAUGCCUGCCACCUCAAAUCGCCAGGAUCUGGUGUCCUGGACGACACUCCGCUACAAGGCUGUGACAUCGUAUAGCGAGUUGGAGGGAACCAGUCUACUGUUUAGAGUUGGACUAGUUGCCGGUUCAGGUGAUGAGUGCAAUAUCACGGAGUUGGGCGACAGUCCUCAUGCGGUGACGUCACACAUCCAGGCUCAGCCCACCGCAGGAUGUGUAUCAGAGGGCAAGAAGAUACUGAUGGCAAGGCCGGUGUAUAUCAUUGAACUGCUGAAUGAGCCGCCUGAUUCCUUCCUGAAACGAGACAGUCGCAUGGAGCUGGAGGUGACGUCAGUGAACAACGAACCAAUCAACAAGGACUUCUACCUCAUCCUCAAGUCCCCAUCGUCACUCAAGUGGGCUGUCCGCAGUCGGAAAGUACAGGGAUGGAUUGAAAUAGUGACGGACGCCGACGUGGACCUGAAGGGAAUCCGGAUGCACACGGUGGCACUCCGGCGAGAGGUUAUGAACGCAACUGGCCUUGAACUGAUUGCAUGGGCAGAUUACUACCUGGCUCCAGUUGAGGCAUACACUCAAAUACGACAAGCGAAUCGGAUCCGGCUACUCAUCUCCCCCAACUCCAAGAGAGUACCUGACAAGCAUCGAUGGUCCCUGCAUGAAAACCCACCUGGUAGGAGUGAGCCGGGGAUUGUUCCUGGAUCGGAUGGGGGCGACUCCCCCGACCACUUGAAACGGGCAAUACACACACGCUGCAAAGACGGACGCAUGGAAAUCUCCAUCCCGAACAAUCUGCUUCAGGAGAAUGGCUUAGUGAAAGAGCAGAUAACUCUGCUGAACCCGUCAUGUGGAGCAGUAGAGAACGCCACUCACGUGAUCCUGAAGACUCCGCUGAACAAAUGUAACACCAAGUAUCUCCAAGUUGAUGAUGAAAAUGUCUUCUCCAAUGCGAUUGUGAUCCACUCCUCUGAGGUGACUGAUCCUCUGAUGGAGGAGGAACUUGGCAGCGCUGUGCUUGACAACUCCGAGAUGUCGGGGUCAGGGUCACAUGACCUGACCGAGGCAACGUACGUAGAUGACGAGGACUUCCAUUCACACAGCAUGGAGAUUGAUGUGAAGUGCCAGGUGCCCCUCAACACGGAGGUCGCCACUUCUCCUAUCUUCUCUCACCUGGAUGUUAGCGUCCUCAACUGCUGGGUUACACCUGCAGCGACUUUCAGGGACAAGGAUGCUUCUCGGAUAGCCAUCAUACGCAAUGGGUGUGCCAAGGACAGCUCUAUCAUGUGGCACAACUCCCCCAACAGCGUGCCCUAUGGCUCGUUGUCCGUGUACAGGUUCAGCUUCCAGGUGCGUGACUACUUCCUCAACAACCAACACACCUACUUGCACUGCCAGGUGGCAGUGUGUCUCAAGGGGCCGCAGGCGGCCGGCUCAAGCAUACCCAAGUGUGUCCGAGACUCAGAGAGGAACUGUGAGCACACCUCCAACAUAGCCGGUCAUACGUCCAUCAUUGGUGACAAGUUACUGGUUGCUGGACCUUGGGAAGUGACUGGCAUAGAUGUGCAAUUACCUGGUGGUGGCACAUCUGGUCCAGAGAAAAAAGAGGAAAACACAUCCAGUAAUUCAGGGAAAUCUUCAAACGCUGAUAAAAUAGAAGGCAGCACACAGCCCCAGCAGAGCAUCAUAAUAGAAGGCCUGGACUCUGCAACUGUUGUGGGCAUUGCCUUUGCAGCAUUUGCCAUUGGUAUCCUGUUGACAGGUGCCCUGUGGUUCAUACACACUCAUACAGGUCCUGCCAAGCAAGGUGUUAGCUCUCAAGGCUCCGCUGAAACAAGCGGGGAAUCAACUCCAAAUUCCUCGUCGCCUAUUUCAGCAUAGCCCUGGCGAAAAGGCAACAGAUUGUGGACAGUACCAAUGCAACUAUAAAUGUUCGGAGAAACGGGUAGCCUAAGGUCACGCCCACCAACUGUGGGUUUAUUAUGUCUUGCCAACAUGCUGAUUCAGUGCCGCCAAUUAGACUCUCAGCAAGGAUUCACCUGGAGCUGUGGCGAGCUAGUGUGGUCAGCACAAGCACCAAACUGCUUCGUGCUGGCACUCAACUGACGUUCCCCAUGGGGGUGUUACGAUUAUUAUUAUUAAUUAUUAUUAUUAUAUUAUUAUUAUUAAUAUUAUAUGGAAGCAUUUUUGUAGUUGGACUAAGGUGCGCAUCAUUAUUUCAGGGAUUUCAAAUUACAAACACUUGACUUUGUGUGCAUCUGUCUGAUGACUUGAGACUUGACACUGCUCUAACUACAGUAGGCCAAAUGAUAUAAGCCAGCUACAUGCAGGACCUACCUUACUGGCCAGUAUCACCAUGAAUUCAGGUCUGGGAUGAAGUUUGUGUGAUCAGGUAACCGUGGCAACGUCUGCUCUGUGAAUGGUGAUUAUUUUGUGAGUUAUUGUGAUUGUGGCAGCAGAUGAGCUUAAUGUGGAUCCGGUGAUGUAUAUGUGUGUGACUUACUGCAGGACAACGGCAGCAGAAUUGUUCUCAGCAUUGUCGAUAUGUCAGGUUGUUGACUGUACAAAGACUACGCCUCCUGAGCUGAACAGAGCAGAACGCAGCUGAACCCACUCCAGCAGCGGGAACUGUUCAGUGAAGAAGAGGAGGAACAUGGGGUCAAAAUGUUUGUGAUAUUUCAGUACUUGUGUAACUGUAGUUUGAUCUCCACGGCAAAGAAAGGGAAGCAACUCUGCUUCUGGAAUGACUAGCAGACCUCUACAGACAAGUGUUGUGGCAGGUUGCCUGGACAACAGUGGGAGCCUGAUCACGUGCUCCUGUUACCUCUCAUAAGGAACUACACUAAGCAUUAUAUUUGUUGAUUAUCUCAGGCAGCUGUAGGGACAAUAAGUCUACCAACGGCUCAAGUGGAAGCCAUUUUGUGCUGAUCACAUGAUGAUCACAUGACGUGAUCACAUGAGAGGCACAUGACUCAGGCCCUGCCUUACAGAGUAUUAUGAGGAUAGAGUCAAAAUACCUACUUACCUGAUAACCAAAUGCAGCUAUACUUGCAUGCUGAACUUGCAACCUGAUUGAGUUAUGCACAUGGAAUUUCUGUUAACUUUGUUAGACUUAUUGUAUAUUUUUAUGAGUUAGUAACCAACUGGUACCACAGUAUGGCAUGCUGGUAAGUCUGGAUCGAUCACACAACUUUCAUUAUGAUAUUAUGAAUUAUGUACGAGUCUUAUUUCUUACCUCAUCCUGGAGUUCAUAUCAGAGGAUAUUUAUCGUUGGCUAGCCACAGGUACCUCCACAUAUCCCCUUUCCUCCUACCCCACAAGAGUCAUGUCUAAACUCUCAGUUCUGUGACGACACAGGAAGGUACCUCU